AUGGUAAUUAUGUCUCUUACUGAUCUUCCUGUCGAACUUGUUCAUCGUAUUUUCGAUUAUUGUGAUAUAACAACGAUACUUUCUGUUCGUGCUAUCUGCAGACAGCUAUAUCUGAUGGCUAAUGUUUAUGAUCGAUAUGAACUUGACUAUGAUUAUCAAUCAGCAGAUGAAUUAUCAUUAAUUAUUCGUCUUAUUCGACCCGAAAACCUCAACUCAAUUAUUCUUCCAUUUCGAACGCCAUUUUGGCUCGAUGAAAAACGUUGGCUUGUUGCUUGUGAUUUUCUUCUAGAAGAUGGUGAUUUAAGGAUCUACACUAUUCCUGCUAUUUUUGUUCCGGAUUGGAAUCCAUAUAGAUGUGAAUUAUUUCCAUUAGAUAGUGUACCUCGUCUUACUUGGAGAUCAAUAAAGAAACACAUCAACACUUCUACAGAUAAGGUAUUUUAG